CUCGCCUUCUUGACUUCCAAGCUUCUUCACCUCUCCCGCUGCCACUCUGCAUCUUGCACGCACAUUAGUCUCUCCAAUUCUACUACAUAUAUACUCUCAAUCAUUAUGGCAUCCAAUCCUAUGGGACGUUGCUGCACCGUUGGUGUCAAGCAUGAAGGUACCACACAGGGCGAAUACAAGGAUGUCGGCGGCAUCCCCAGCUACGUAACCUACCCAGAAGACAAGAGCACGCAGAACGCCAUUGUCAUCUUCACCGAUGUCAUGGGCUACAAGUUUACCAACGCUCAGCUCAUCGCCGACCAAUAUGCGGCUAAUGGCUACUUUGUCGUCAUCCCCGACCUUUUCGCGGGCAAGGAGGUGCCUUUGAACCCAGGCGAGGACUUCAACCUCCAAGACUACCUCGCGAACACGAUGCCGCGUGUGCCUACCGUGGAUCCCAAGGUCGAGGCUACGAUCAAGGCGCUGCGCGGGUCCGAAUACGGCGUCAAGAAGCUGGGAGGCGUGGGCUACUGCUUCGGAGGCAAAUACGUGUGUCGGUGGUUGAAGGAAGGAGGCAUCGAUGUCGGAUACACGGCUCACCCGAGUUUCGUGGAUGCCGAGGAGCUUGAGAAGAUCAAGGGACCAUUGAGCAUUUCAGCUGCUGAAACCGACCCCAUCUUCCCCGCCGAGAAGCGCCGUGAAACAGAGGAUAUCCUGCAGAAGCUCGACGUUCCUUACCAGAUGAACCUCUUCUCCGACGUCCAGCACGGAUUUGCUGUCCGCUGCGACCUUUCCAAGCCGCGGGAGAAGUUUGCGAAGGAGCAGGCCUUCUUGCAGGCCGUUACCUGGUUCGAUGAGUUUCUCAAGAACGCUGCGUAG